GGCCGGGGAAGAUGCUGGCGGCGGGCGUGCUGGCCGGCUUCUCCGCGCUCAGCCUGCUCGCCUACGGCUACCUGUCGUGGGGCGGCGCGGAGCCCGGCUCGCAGCCCCACCUCGUCUUCAUCCUGGCCGACGACCAGGGCUUCCGAGACGUGGGCUACCACGGCUCCGAGAUCCGCACGCCCGCGCUGGACCGCCUGGCGGCCGAGGGCGUGAAGCUGGAGAACUACUACGUGCAGCCCAUGUGCACGCCGUCCCGCAGCCAGCUCAUCACCGGCAAGUACCAGAUACACACAGGUCUUCAGCAUUCUAUUAUAAGGCCUACCCAGCCUAACUGCUUACCUCUGGAUAACAUGACACUACCUCAGAAGCUGAAGGAGGUUGGCUACUCAACGCACAUGGUUGGCAAGUGGCACUUGGGAUUUUACCGUAAAGAAUGCAUGCCUACACAGAGAGGAUUUGAUUCCUUUUUUGGAUCACUUUUGGGCAGUGGGGACUAUUAUACUCAUUACAAGUGUGAUAGCCCAGGGAUAUGUGGCUAUGACCUGUAUGAAAAUGACAAUGCAGCAUGGGAUCAUGACAAUGGCAUCUACUCAACACAGAUGUACACACAAAAAGUACAACAGAUUUUAGAAUCUCAUAAUCCCAAGAAACCUAUAUUUUUAUAUAUUGCUUAUCAAGCUGUUCACUCCCCAUUGCAAGCACCAGGCAAGUAUUUUGAAAAUUACAGAUCAAUAAAUAAUAUAAACAGGCGGAGAUACGCCGCGAUGCUGGCAUGCUUGGAUGAAGCUGUCCACAAUGUGACCCUGGCUUUAAAGAGAUAUGGUUACUAUGACAACAGUAUUAUCAUUUACUCUUCAGAUAAUGGUGGGCAGCCAAUGGCUGGAGGAAGUAACUGGCCCCUCAGAGGAAGCAAAGGGACGUAUUGGGAAGGAGGAAUCCGUGCUGUUGGUUUUGUUCAUAGCCCGCUUCUGAAAAACAAGGGGUCUGUGUGCAAGGAGCUCGUGCACAUAACAGACUGGUUCCCCACCCUGAUCACCUUGGCAGAAGGACAGAUCGAUGAGAAUAUCCAGUUGGACGGCUAUGAUAUAUGGGAGACCAUUAGUGAAGGUAGGCGUUCCCCAAGGGUGGAUAUCUUACACAACAUUGAUCCUAUUUACACCAAAGCCAAGAAUGGCUCCUGGGCAGCAGGCUUUGGGAUCUGGAACACAGCUAUUCAAUCAGCCAUUAGAGUAAACCAUUGGAAACUACUGACAGGAAAUCCAGGAUACAGUGACUGGGUCCCUCCUCAGGCUUUUAGCAAUGCUGGUCCCAAUCGCUGGCAUAAUGAACGGGUUUCUUGGUCAGCUGGGAAAACAGUGUGGCUUUUUAACAUAACUGCUGACCCAUAUGAAAGAGUGGAUCUUUCUGGAAAAUAUCCUGAGGUAGUAAAGUAUUUGUUGUGGAGACUUUCACAGUUCAAUAAGACUGCAGUUCCCGUUCGAUAUCCACCUAAAGACCCUCGGAGUAAUCCUAAACUCAACGGAGGUGUUUGGGGCCCAUGGUUUAAGGACGAUGAGAAGAAAAAGAAACCAGGGAAAAAUAAAAAGGGAGAAAAUAAACAAAAGAAGAAGAAAAACAAAAAAAAAUCAAAUCAGAAAAAAGGGCAGUCCUUAAACUGCCGCUCCUGGCUUGCUGGUGGAUAGGCUUGACUACUGUCUUUGCUCAGACCUAAGUCUGGCUGUUUGUUCUUUGUUGAGCUUCUGACACUCCACCAAAGUACAAAUGCCAGAUGUGCACUAUGAGUGAAAGCUCUCCUCUUCUGAUUUCUUUUCACAUUUCACUAGCACAAGUUAUCUUGACACUGUACCUGGAGAUUAUAUAAACACCCACAUAAAAACAUUUUCUUCUCUCCUUUACUAAUAGUGUUUAUCUUUCACAGCUACAUUCCAGAUAACAAUGGAAAUGACUCUUAACUUCAGUAAUUCCAUAUUUGAAGCACACAUAAUGGAAUAAUUCCAUGACUAAACUACUGAAUAUCUCGGUAGUGGUAUGGAAAAGUUAAUGACAGAUUUUUCUCAAGCUGAUAAACAUCAUUUAUAUGGAAAAAU